GUUGACUCCUGCUGUCUGUCACCUGUCAGAAUCCGUCUUCCUGUCGGUGGCUUAUAUGGACAAGUCAGCCCACUGUCACGUGACCACAGGCUGCUAAAAACAGCUCCGAGCGCCCACUCUGAACCAGGGCCUGAAACAAUGUCUUCCACCAAGAGAAACAUAAAGGACACUUGAUCACACAAUCUUUGGAGUUAUUUCCAGGAAACACCUACAGAAGCCAUUCGGAGCACCCUUUCCCUGGCAGUGGACUUGGGACGGCCAGGAGAUGAGCGCAUCUUUGAAUUACAAGUCUUUUUCCAAAGAGCAACAAACUAUGGAUAACUUGGAGAAACAACUCAUCUGUCCCAUCUGCUUAGAGAUGUUCACCAAACCUGUGGUCAUUCUCCCUUGUCAGCAUAACCUGUGUAGGAAAUGUGCCAGUGACAUUUUCCAGGCCUCUAACCCGUACUUGCCCACAAGAGGAGGCACCACCGUGGCCUCGGGGGGCCGAUUCCGCUGCCCAUCUUGUAGACAUGAAGUGGUUUUGGACAGACAUGGGGUAUAUGGACUUCAGAGGAACCUGCUGGUGGAAAAUAUCAUUGACAUCUACAAGCAGGAGUCCACAAGGCCAGAAAAGAAGUCGGACCAGCCGGUGUGCGAGGAGCACGAGGAGGAGCGCAUCAACAUCUACUGCUUGAACUGCGAGGUGCCCACCUGCUCCCUGUGCAAGGUGUUCGGUGCUCACAAGGACUGCCAGGUGGCUCCCCUCACUCACGUGUUCCAGAGGCAGAAGUCUGAGCUCAGCAAUGGCAUCGCCAUCCUCGUGGGAAGCAAUGAUCGAGUCCAGGGAGUAAUCAGUGAGCUGGAAGACACCUGUAAAAUUAUUGAGGAAUGUUGCAGAAAACAGAAGCAGGAGCUGUGUGAGAAGUUUGAUUACCUAUAUGGCAUUCUGGAGGAGAGGAAGAAUGAAAUGACCCAAGUCAUCACACGAACCCAGGAGGAGAAACUGGAACAUGUCCGUGCUCUUAUCAAGAAGUAUUCUGAUCAUUUGGAGAACGUAACGAAGUUGGUAGAGUCAGGAAUCCAAUUCAUGGAUGAACCAGAAAUGGCAGUGUUUCUGCAGAAUGCCAAAACCCUGUUACAAAAAAUCUCUGAAGCAUCAAAGGCAUUUCAGAUGGAGAAAAUAGAACAUGGCUAUGAGAACAUGAACCACUUCACAGUCAACCUCAAUAGAGAAGCAAAAAUAAUACGUGAAAUUGAUUUUUACAGAGAAGAGGAAGAGGAAGAGGAAGGAGGAGGAGGAGAAGAGGAAGAAGAAGUACAAGAGGAAGAGGUAGGAAGUGUUCGACCAGUGGCUCCGGGAGAAGAUGGAAGUCUGGGGAGAGCCUUGGAGCCCUCGCAGCUGUCCUCGGAGCUGCAGGCCACCACGGGGGCACUUCCGGUUUCCUCUCCAGAGCCACCUCCAACCCUGCCACCUGCUGCGGAUGCCCCAGUGACGCAGGGGGAGGUUGUGCCCACUGGCUCUCAGCAGACCACAGAGUCUGAAACUCCAGUCCUUGCAGCAGUGGAAACCGCGGAUCCUUUGUUUUACCCUAGUUGGUAUAAAGGCCAAACCCGGAAAGCCACCACCAACCCACCUUGCACCCCAGGGAGCGAAGUUCUGGGGCAAAUAGGGCCUCCGGGGUCUGAGGAUUCCAAUGUGCAGAACGCAGACGUGGCGGGAGCUGCGUCCCUGGAGAGGGCAGCAGUGAGUGGUAAGGAAACUAGUGCACCUGCAGCUACUUCUCAGAUUGGAUUUGAAACCCCUCCCCCCCAGGGACAGGCUGCAGCUUCUGGGAGUGGGAAUGGAGCUGACUCUGAGCCAGCUCGCCACGUCUUCUCCUUUUCCUGGUUGAACUCCCUAAAUGAAUGACGUCCAUUCCAACUGCUGCUCCUGUGUCUGCCUGGCUGAGAUGUGCACAGGCAGCAGGGAACCUAGGUGGAUUACUAUGAUACAGAUAAUGAAAGGGACCGCUGAACAGGAUUUCUGCAGAAAAAAAAAUAAACAACUUUAAUUCCAGAUGACUUAUCAAACACAUUGAGGAAAAAGAAUACUUUGAGAAAAUUGUUGCAAAAAACACUAGGAAAAAGAAACUUUGAUCUUUUUCAAAUCUUUUAUUGUGUGGGAAACAUGAAGGAUAUGUAGGUGUGGUACGUGUGUGCGGUAAAAAGUGGCAAGUGUUGGAACAAGUGGGCACUACACUUUUGUCCUAAUAGGCACUGGCUUUUGUUAUUAUAACGUAGUAGCUCUUAUUUACCUUCCUCUUUAAUAAUGCAGGUGGUCAGUGAAAUUCAGUGUCAAUUCUGAUUGGGUCUGAUUUAGCAAUAUAUGGACAAAGGGUCUGAUUUAGCAAUAUAUGGACAAAAGGUAAAUCAUUGACCAAAGCUAUGAAAUGUUUCACAAAGUUUUCCUCUUUUCCAUAAUAGAUGUCAUGGGAUAGUAUAUCCAGAAAUGUUCUUUGAAGCCAGUGACACUUGGAAAACAUAAAAACAUGGUUUUAUUUGUCUCACCUUAAUGUCCCCUUCAGAAUAUAAGUGUAACUUUACAGUUUAUGAACUCUUCAAUAAAUGCUGUUUUUAAAAACUUAGUCUUGGCUGCACCGGUGGCUCAGUGGGUAGGGCGCCGCGCCGGCCCCAUAUACCAAGGGUGGCAGGUUUGAACCUGGCCCCGGCCAAACUGCAGCAAAAAACUAGCCAGGUGUUGCGGUGGGUGCCUGUAGUCCCAGCUACUUGAGAGGCUGAGACAAGAAAAUUGCCUAAGCCCAGGAACUAGAGGGUGCUGUGAGCUGUAACACCACAGUACUCUACCGAGUGCAACAAAGUGAGACUCUGUCUCAAAAUAAAUAAGUAA